UUGUCAGUGUCAGCUGUCAAGUAUUAUAAUUUGUGUAUUACGAAUUUCGUGUGAGAAUUAGAAUUUCGAGUUUCGUAAUAUCUUACCGCCGUUCGAAAUAUUUAAACAUGAAACAACAAUAAUUUUGAACAUCAACAAGAUGAUAAGAACAGCGAUACGAUUGACGCCGACAUUUGCUUUUCCCUUUUUUGAAAAGCGAAACAUAAAUGAUCAUGAUAAACUUCAUAACCCUGAACCACAAACCGUCGAUACCGGUCUGGAAAGAGUUAAGAAAAUGUUUCAGAGAGAUGAAUUUGAAGAAGUGUCAGUUGAACUACAUAAUGUUAUACAAGCAACACUCUCUGGGUCAUUUAUAGGUGCUUGCUUUGGAGGGUUUUUGAAAUCAAGGGACGCUUACAUUAAGUUUAUUGAAAGAAAUCAAGCAACUGCUUUUACCUCUACAAUGCAAGCAAAGAAACAAUUGCAAGAUCAUGUGACAAUUGGAUUUGCAAAAGGAGCAGUCCACUGGGGGUGGAGAUUGGGUUUAUUUACAGGGUGUUUUAGUCUAAUUACCACUGUGAUAGCAGUGUAUCGUGGAGAGCCGUCAUUGGUUGACUACAUCAUGGCAGGCGCACUCACCGGAGGCAUGUAUAAAGCAAACUUAGGAAUCGCUGCGACUAUUGUCGGCGCUACACUUGGUGGCGCUUUAAGUGCAAUUGGUGGGCUACUUAUUUUGAAUAUUUUAAAAAUCUCAGGAGUAUCCAUGGAUGAAAUAAGAGGAGCUUUGUAUAAAAUCAAAUUAGCAAGAGAAGAUCAAUACAACCAGGUGUUGGAGAAAUCGGCGAAAGAAAAACACGACAAUUUAACAAGGCAUCAUGAUAAACUGGUCACUGAAAAGGGAGAGAAGAAAAUUGAAGAAAUAUCGUAAUUUAGUCAAGUUAUACUAAACUUAAAUUAUUUCAUUUUGUAAAUAUUAUUAAAAGCGGUUAAUGAUUUGGGU